CUAAAUCAUAACUCCCUCCAUCUGUACUUUCCAUACUCUUUCCCAACGCCAUUUGUAGACUUUCCUGCAUGUUUUUCACUCUGAUCUGCCUCCGUAUCCUCCUCUCAUGACCCUUAUCCUUCGAUCUCUCGCCCUUAUCCUCCUCCAUCUAUUUGAAUCAUUCCCUGAUCUACUAGCAUGCACCUCAUGAUGCACUAAAACUUUCUAUGUAGCAUUGAUCUCGUGAGGAUGAUCAUGACCCAUUACUCAUAAUCAUUCAUUCGUCACAUUUUUGGGUCCAAAUCAGACGGUUGGAUUUUCAGAAAGCAGGGGCUGGCCUACUAGGUAAUAGGCUCUCAUAAUGUAUGUAUGAGGAGCAUGAUUCGAGUCAUUCUGAUUCCAUAAUGAUUGGAUCAUUCUCUUUCAAUCCGUACUUCAACCAAUCAAAAUCAGGCUAAUUAGCCUAGCUCCUAUGAGCCGAAAGGUUUCAUAGAGCCCAUAGCCUCCAUACACCCAAUCCAAGGCCUCCUCCUUCAAUAUUGCUUUUUAGUGUAAACAUAUUAAAUCAUUACUCUCAUAUAAGAGUCAAUAGGCAUCACUCAUCAGAAGUGUUUCGUCUCUUUAAAUUGUUUCAAAAUUCUUUUUCUUUUUUAUUAAAUGGAAGCCUCAACAUCAUUCCCCCCCAGCAAAAUCUCCCAGAACCCUUUUCCCAACACCAUAACCAAACAUUCUCCCAAACACCUCCCCAGAAACAACUGAAGCAAGAUUCAUAAUCAUUAGCCAUGGAGAACUCGACCCAAGUGCAUGAAGACCACAAAUCAAAGACAAGCAAGCGAUAUUUGCCCCUUUUGGUGGUGAAUUACCUUCUCCUUUUUGUGGGUUCGAUUUCUUCUUCUCUGCUCUCCAAGUUCUAUUUCAAUCACAAGGGCUCAAGCAGAUGGCUUUCCACAUGGGUUCAGUCCGCUGGGUUUCCUCUCCUUCUCUUUACCAUUUACCUCCCUUAUCUCCUCAAAUGCACCAAGAGGAGACCCUUCACUUGCUUCACUCCAAAGAUCUUGAUCUUGUCAAUCUUCAUAGGCCUCAUGUUAGGCGUAAACAAUCUCCUCUUCUCCUGGGGAAAUUCUUAUCUACCCGUCUCUACCUCAUCUCUCAUAUUAUCCUCCCAGUUGGUUUUCAAUCUCAUAUUCUCCUUUAUCAUUGUCAAGCAAAAGAUCACAUUCUCGAAUCUCAACUCUGUGAUUCUCUUAACCCUGAGCUCUGUGCUCUUAGCCUUGGAUUCCAGACACGACAGAUCAAACGGUUUAACCCGUGCCAAAUAUUUCAUUGGCUUCUUUUGCACAAUAGGUGCCGGUUUGCUGUUUGCUCUCUAUCUUCCAGUCAUGGAGAUGAUCUACAGGAAAAUUUACUGCUACCAGAUGGUGAUGGAAAUGCAGCUCGUGAUGGAGGUCGCCGCCACGGCAUUGGCGAGCACAGGGAUGGCGUUGGACCGCGGAUUCUCCGAAAUGAAGACAGAAAGCCAAAGGGUAUUCGACAAGGGGCCAACCGCGUACUGGGUGACGGUGUUUUUCAACGUACUGACAUGGCAGCUGUGCUUUCUGGGCACAGCAGGGAUGGUGUUUUUGACGUCUUCAUUAACCGGAGGCAUCUGCAUGACAGCCUUGUUGGCCAUGAACGUGCUGGGAGGAGUUUUGGUGUAUGGAGACGAGUUUGGAGGCGUAAAGGUGGUGUCGACAGUGCUGUGUUGUUGGGGGUUUUGUUCAUAUGUGUAUGGUUUGUACGUGAAGACGAAGGAAGAGAAAAGAGAGGAGGAGAAAACCAAUCAAAGGAUGGAGAUGGUUCUUAGGGUAAAUGAUAGCAUUUGAUUCUAAAUAAGACAUGAUUGGAGAUGAUGAUGAUGAUGAUGAUCAGGAGGAGGGCCGAAGGGACUCAAGCUAGCAAAAUUAAGAUAGAGCUCAGGUCACUUACCGAGUUUAUCUCCUAGCUAGCUACCUAGCUUAGCUUGUAAUAUGUAUGAAUGACUAAUAUUGGAUCAAUUUUCAUGAGAGAUUUGAAAGCAUGAUAAA